AUGCAGGAGGAUUUCGAUUACGAUGCAUAUACUUAUGAAGCUCCUAAGCGGGCUCGCUGGUACACCCGCCUGCUGCCAGCGUGCCUGAGGCGUGGAUGCCUGUCUAAUAAAAGGCAGGCAUUUCCCCUCUACUUAAUCGGGUACGACCCUGUGGGGCAACUGCAAAGGGCGGCCAGCGUGGGUGAUGUGGCUUCAGUGGAGAGAUUCAUCAACUUCCAUGGAUGCCAUGUGAAUGAAUAUGACAGGAGGGACAGAACGUCCCUACAUUAUGCCUGUGCCCAUAAUCACCCAGAUGUCGUAAGAUUGUUGUUAUCCUACAGAGCCAAUAUUAACAUCCGUGAUGAUGAAGGCUGUACCCCCUUGAUUAAGGGAGCUGAUCCACAUGUGAAUGAUCUCAGUGGGAAUACAGCCCUGCACCAUGCUGUUUGCAGGGGUAACACAACAAUUGUCAGCAAACUGCUUGAAUACAAUGUAGAUAUUGAAGGCAAAACAGAG